AUGAGACUCCAUUCUCUUCUUUCUGUUCUUCUCCUCUUUGUGACUAUAAUACCAAAAGCAAGGCCUGGCAUGAUCCCGGGGAAGAAACAGUGUGUUCUUCUGAAAGGGGUGUGCAGAGACGGAGGGUGCACCUCCACAGAUGAUACCAUUGGUGAAUGCAAUGAUGAGAAAAAGUGUUGUAGAAAGUGGUGGAUAUUUUAUCCCUACGCAACACCGGCUCCCAAAGCAAAAUCUCCUUAGUGCGAACAAACUGUAAGCCCUUCGAACUCCAGAACACAGGGAUGAGUUUUGUAGCUUCCUAUUUAACCCGGCUUGUUUAUCUCCCUUGACUGGAAAUAAAUGUCCUAAA